AUGAAGACAAGCACACCCGACUACUUUAGACAAUUUUCAAAAUCUCAUCGCCAAGGUAAAUGUGGUGAGAAACCAGUAGAGAAUCUAUGCCAGUUAUGGCUUGUGUGUCCGGGUAAAUUUGGGCUUAGUUCCUGUCGUUUAAAUCAAAGAAAACCUCCUAUGUCUUUCAGGGCCCUGGCCUUCUUCUCUCUAGACCAGGACAAGACGCCUAGGCAUCAGGGAUUAGCUCUUUUUCUCGCAGAUACAGUGGAAGACACAGCACAUGAUAGACGAAAAGCUUCUCUACUUGGAUCCAGCUGUAUCCCUAUCACUCUAUGCAGCAUAAAUCCAGUCCCCCCUUUAGAAAGAAAGGAAAGCAUGCCCUCAGCGCGCGACACUUUAGCUGUCCAUGGCAUCAGAAGCUAA